AUGGUGAACGAUAAAGGAUCAUUCAUGAUGCCCUACUCACGGGCAAAUCCCCAGACUCAUAUCACAGGGCCUUAUCUGCAUCAGGUGUGCAGUGACAAGGACAACGUGUGCAAUGCCAUUGGCACUAACCUCCAGCCAACCUCCUUGCAUUCCGCCAUGCAGAGUUCUAUGAUCGCAUGCUGUGUAGAGGCAGCAGCUGGCACGUCGCCACCUGCUGUUUCAAGCAGCCUGCCAACCAAUGGGAACGCGAACAUUUCCAUUAUGAGAAUUCGCCCUGCUUCCAUCUUUAACCCCGUGGGGGCAGUUUGCAAGCCUAAGACAUCACAGGAACUUCCCAAGUACUGGUGUUACGGGCAUAUUCCACAGCAGCCAGCUUCAGAAAAUAACACAAGGUGCUUUGUAUUCCACUCUGUGUCGUCACAAGUUCCUUACUCGCAGAAUUCUCUCAUGAUAAAGAAAGGCCAAGAAGCUGAAGGCAAGGCCCUGGCCACUGAGCCGGGGGCGGAGAAGGCACCCCGGGGCUCAGGCCUGCGUCGUGAGGAGGCCCCAUGUGAAGAGCUGUCACUGCUCGAUGCCAGCCCAGGACGGAAGCUGCUGUCGAUGGCCACCGGAGACGCGGCAGGACCCGGGGCCUGGACGGCGCGUUCACCGCUUAGCUCCCACCCUGUCCACAAAGAGCAAACCCCAGUGACUUCCAGGCCUCAGCCUCAAGGGGAUGGGGGCUCCUUCCAAGAAAGGAAGGGGAAAACAGCCAAGAGGCCCAUUUCUCCAGUGCCGGGCAAACAGAAGAAGCCCGGUGCCACGGCCCUGGCCUCAGGUGCAUCUUUGGGGGGCACUGACUCAGUUGGUGUCACCCACAAACCAGUACCUUCUGGCUCGGGCCCAGGCCCCUACCACCUGGCCAACCUCCUCAGUACAUUGGCCCAGAACAACCCAAACUCAGAGAAGAAGAAAAGGCCGCCAGAAGUGACCUGCCAAGUUCGAAAAAAGACUCGAACCCUGUAUCGCUCAGACCAGCUGGAGGAGCUGGAGCGAGUGUUCCAAGAGGACCACUACCCGGAUGGAGAUAAGCGCCAGGAGAUCGCCCAGACUGUGGGAGUCACUUCCCAGCGCAUCAUGGUAUGGUUCCAGAAUCGCCGGGCAAAGUGGAGGAAAGUGGAGAAACAGAACGGGAAAGAAAAGGAGGAGAAUCUGGCAGCCCCUACCCCUGCCAGCAGUCACUGCAGCUCCACGGCGGAACUGCCACCUCCUCCUGGGCCUGUGAUGGCAAAGCUGGAACCCCUUUCUGCAGGGCCCCCCCUGGAGACCUUUCCAGAGCCCCCCAUGUUGCUGACUUCUGACCAGACUCUUGCCACCACCCGGCACAGUGAGGGGACACCGAGGGCGGUGGUGACACCCCCACUCAUCAGCCCCCCGCCCGUCCGGAGGACCAACCUUCCUUUUCCCUCGGGGCUGGUCCCCACUUCCCAGCUCCUGCCCCUGCGGACGGAUGCGCCUGGCAGGGGCCACAGCCACACAGACGGGCCUUGUGGUUCAUGGGGCACAAGUGUCACCCCACCACCUUCCUUCUCAUACCUGGAAGACUUGGAGCCUCUGGACUACCAUGCCAGCAGUCAGAUGGGGCCGUUCCCAUUCUCUCAGCCUCCGCAGAGCCAGCUCUUCCAAAGCCCUCCGUCUCCGUUCUCAUACCUUCCCCCCUUUCCUUUGCCCUUCCUCACCCCCAAUUCCUUGACCUUCCCACCACUGGAAGACUCUCUCUUUUCCUUUCCUUGUGGCCCCAGUGGGGGGGCACCCCAGGGCUAUUUCCCAGGUCCCCCCUCAGGGCAGAUCUUGCUACCACCACCCAUCGGAAACACAGGUACAGCUCCCUGGAAUGACCCCUGUUUGCCAGAACUGCCCUUCCCUGGCUCAUCAUGCCCACCUGCCCUGGCACACCCUCCUGGAGGAAAUGGCUUCCUUCCUGAUCUAUUCCUCACUCCCUGUGCUCAGCCCAUGAGUACAUAUCCUUCUGCAGGCCCCAGUGGAUUGCCCGAAGAAGCCAGACCAGAAACAGGUCCCUCAGUCAGCAAAGCCCACGGGGAGCAGCCUCCCUCUUCCCUGGACCAGCCAGUACCCGGAGAGACCAGGGAGGCAGACAAGAAUAGUCAUGUCCCCUUGUGGGGGGCCAAAGAAUGA